AUGCUGCUAGUCCUCAAAUCUCCAGCUCAAGCUCUGCAACAUCUAGUCUCAGCAGCAGUGUCGGGUCUAGCACACGCCUUCGCCUACCUCGUCCUCUGUUGUUCAAAGUUCAAGCUCCUCAGAUGCGCAGUCCAGUACAUCAGAGGUUCAGAUCUCGAGCUCUUCUACCGCGCUGUCAAGCUCAGCAGAGCCCUCUCCUUCGCCCUCGUCUCCCCCCUCAUCUUCCUCAUCCUCGGUAGUUCAGAGCUCAAGCUCAUCAGACGUAUCGUCAAGUACACCAUUGGCCCAAAGCUCGAGCUCUUCUGCCAUACUUUCAAGCACAGCAGAGUCCUCGUCGUCGCCUUCGCCUUCGCCUACCUCAUCUUCGGUGGUUCAGAGCUCAAGCUCAUCAGACGUACAGUCAAGUACAUCAGAGGUUCAAAGCUCGAGCUCUUCUAUCACGCUUUCGAGCUCAGCAGAGCCCUCUCCCUCGCCCUCGUCUUCCCCCUCAUCUUCCUUAUCCUCGGUGGUCCAGAGCUCGAGCUCUUCUGCUCUGUCAUCUCCUUCGCCCGAACCAACACCGGAACCAACACCGGAACCAACGCCAGAGCCAACCCCGACUCCUACUCCAACCCCCACUCCUACUCCGACCCCGACUCCGACCCCGACUCCUACUCCCCCUACCUGCACACCCUACACCGGCACACUUUCUAUGGCUUGUCCUGCGAGCACCAAUAG